GAUUAGUAGAGAGUAGGCUCGUAUUAGCAACUCAACUCCCAAGUCAAUCAUAUUCUCUUCCCCUCUAUUCUAGACUCUCCGGCUCCGUCUCUCAGAAUCGAUUUUGUUGAAUUCAAUCGAUGGCAGAUCUGGAGAAGAAAGCCAAAGAAGCAUUCAUCGACGACCACUUCGAGUUAGCCGUCGAUCUCUACACCCAAGCCAUCGCUCUUAACCCUACCAAUCCUGACCUCCUCGCUGACCGUGCUCAGGCCAAUAUCAAACACAACAGUCUCACCGAGGCUGUUGCGGAUGCAAGCAAAGCGAUUGAGUUGGAUCCUUCCAUGGCUAAAGCUUACUUGCGGAAAGGUAUUGCAUGCAUGAAACUUGAGGAGUAUCAGACAGCUAAGGCAGCGUUGGAAGCAGGAGCGUCUUUGGCAACAGAAGAGUCUAGAUUUGCUAACUUGAUCAAAGAAUGUGAUGAGCGCAUUGCAGAGGAAACUGGUGAGACAAAAAAGCAAGCAGUGGAGGCAUCAGUAAACACUCUUUCCCUAAAAGAAGAGCCAGAAGACAUUUCUUGUCAGGCUCCAAUGGUAACACGUUCCAAGUCGAAGUACAGGCAUGAAUUCUACCAAAAGCCAGAAGAGGUGGUUGUGACUAUAUUUGCAAAGGGCAUACCAGCCGACAGUGUUACUGUUGAUUUUGGUGAACAGAUUUUAAGUGUUCGCAUUAAUGUUCCCGGUGAAGAUGCGUACCAUUUUCAAACUCGCUUAUUUGGGAAGAUUAUACUUGACAAGUGCAAAUUUAAUGUCUUGCCCACCAAAGUUGAAAUCCGUCUCACAAAAGCUGAACCAGGUCUGCACUGGGCAUCUCUUGAAUACAAGAAGGAGACAGCAGUGGUAAAAAGGAUUACUGUAUCCUCUGAGAUUGCUCAUAGGCCUACCUAUCCCUCAUCAAAACCAAAAGGAGUUGAUUGGGACAAGCUUGAAGCUGAAGUGAAGAAGGAGGAGAAAGAGGAGAAACUAGAUGGGGAUGCUGCUUUGAACAAAUUUUUCCGAACAAUUUACCAAGAUGCUGAUGAAGACACAAGAAGAGCCAUGCAAAAGCCUUUUGUGGAGUCCAAUGGGACGGUGCUGUCGACAAACUGGAAAGAAGUGGGUACUAAGACGGUGGAGGGAAGCCCUCCUGAUGGCAUGGAGAUGAGGAAAUGGGAGUACUAAGCCGAGCCGCAUGCCGGUUCCAUUGAAUGGACAUGUAUUGUAACCAAAACAGUGCUCUAUUUUGUUAGUCGGUGUUAUUUGUUUUAAAGAAUAACUUUGUGCAAAAUAGAAUAGGUUGACAGCUUGUGUUCCUUUCUUUCUUCACCGCUGCUGUUUAGUGCUCCAGAAAACAAACUGUUUUGGUUGUAAAAUGUCUCCCUUUUCUGCCAGUUUUCAUAUUGUCUAGUCUACUUGUACUGGUCUUUUUGCCCCUUCUUUGAUUGUUCAAUGCUCAAA